AUGUCCAUCAACCAGAUCAUCAACGGCGAUGAGAACUUCGCUGGUUUGAUGCCGCUGGUGCGGCAGUACGUGGCCUCCAUCAAUGUCGACCUUGAGACGAGAGUGGUCAUUGACAAGUACCUCGAUCUGGUGAGCAAGCGGGCUUCGGGUGAGCUGAUGACGAUGGCCAGCUACACGCGCAAGUUCGUGACCGAACACAAGGCCUACCAGAAGGACUCUGUCGUCAACGACGAAAUCAAUUGGGACCUGAUGCAGCACCUCCUGGCCGUGGGAGAGGGAAGGGAGAAGGCGCCGGAGCUGCUGGGCGACCUCUACACGCCGCUCGCCGACGCCGACCUCGGGGAGCUCCUCGACAGCCUGCCCCCGCCCAAGUGCUGCCCGCACGACCCGCAGGCGGCCACCGUUCACGGCGAGGUCCUCUCUCCGACCGUCAUCGCCACCGUCGCGCAGUGA